AUGACUAGGAAUGACAUCGGUCCGCGCAUGCAAAGUUAUCGGAAGAUAGGAUGGAAUAAAUCGGAUGUCUAUGGGACAACGUAUGGGAAUGGCGCAAGGACACUCUUGAAUCAGGACAACAUGAAAUGCGAGUACGUCAAGCAGAUCCGGUCAUUCAUACAAGCAGUAGCAGCGUACACGAACGGACGAGUAGAUAUAAUUGGAUACUCUAUGGGAUCUCCUAUCUCAAGAAAGGCAAUACUUGGAGGGAAGUGCGUGGACACAGGAGAGUACCUCGGGCCUCCUCUAACAGCUCUCGUUGACACAUUUGUCUCAGUAGCUGGUGUGAAUCGUGGCGCACAUCUAUGUUUUCUGCCCAUUGGUGAGCUCUGUAAUCCGGUCAAUGGACUUACCUGUACAUCAAAAUUUCUAGAAGAUAUCAAUGAAAUACCACGAUACGAAGGACAACACAUCUUUUCGAUUUACUCUCAGCAAGAUGAAAUAAUCGGAUACCGCAACACGUGUGGCAGCAUCACGGCGUCAAUAACAGGUGCCGACAAGGAAUUUGAGACAUUUGGCGGCCACUUCCAAGUGAUGGAGGAAUUCUGUACCUAUGCAGGCUAA